AUGGGCGGCAGCUGGCUCCAUGACCAUCACUGCCAGCUCCCGCCAAGCCCACCUGACGAAUGGAAAAUCCUGGCCCAUGUCACAGAUAGAAAUAAAUAUGUGGGCCGACUGAGCUCUUCGGUAUUCAAGGAAAGGGCUUUGUACUGCCUGGUGCUUCUAGUGUUCCAGGUGGAAUCUGCAGACUCUCUUAAUGACUGGCAUAUGUACUAUACGAUUGUUGUAUGGAGAUUGUACUUGCUGCAGGAAAUACAUCACCUGCAGUUCAAGGCAAAGUACAUGUUACCAGGAGGGCUUGUUCUCUGUUGCAUUGAAAAGAACUGGGACAAAAAAGACACGGGACCUGGCUACUCAUGCCCAGAGUGCCGAGCUGAAUAUGCUCAAAAGCCUGUGCUGCACAAAAAUUUGAAACUGAGUAACAUAAUAGAACGUUUUGAAGCCACACAGAUGAAUGAAGAACCACCUAAAAUCUUCUGUGAUUUCUGUUUGGAUAAUCCCCUCCCCGCGGUGAAAACAUGCAUGAACUGUGAAGCAUCUUUAUGUGAACAUCACUUGAGAAAACACUCUGAAAAAACAGCUCAGAAAAAUCACUUAUUGAUUGAGCCUGCAAGUUCACUGGAAGACAGAAAAUGUUCAGAUCAUGAGAAACUAAUUGAAUAUUACUGCUUAGACGACCACUCCUGUAUUUGUGUGACAUGUUAUGUUGCUGGUCCACACAAGAACCAUGACAUUCGCAUUUUAAAAGACAUACACAAUGAGACAAAGGCCAGCCUUUCUGAAAAACUGGAGAAGCUGCAGAGUUGCAGAGCAACUUUAGAAGAAGCUACAAAGGAAUUGCAAGGAACAGAAAUGAACUUAAAGGAUUUCAAAUCUACUUAUGAAAGAAUUUCUAACAACAAUACAGAAGUAGAAAAACUGAAGGUGUCCUGGAAGAAACUCGAUGAGACUACGAUAUCAACCAUCAAACAGGAGACUAAGCAAAUCUUUGAGAUGUUAAACAUGAUAAUUUUUGACCACCCUGUUCAGUCAAAUGACGAAGUGGUAGAAGAAAGGUUUGCAAUGGAAGAUGAGAAUGAAGAAGAAAAUUUGCCUGAAUCACUGAAACCUGUAGGAAGUGGGGACAUCAGAAGAACUCAAUACACUUCUCUAUUUUCCAAAGAUGUGCCAGUCCAAUUGGUGCUGGAGAGGCCAGCCAGAUCAAGCAUCAAGAUAACCACCAGAGGGGCUCAAGAAACAUCACAGUCACCUUCACCACAAGAGCGAUCAAUGCAGCUAGUCACCUCAGAACAAGCAGUUGUAGCACAGCUGGUGGAGGAAACAGUUUCUAGACCAUCCACAAGGCUACCUGCAUCACAAGAAGCAAUGCAGGAGAGGUUUCGAUUAGAUGACUAUGACGAAGAGGAUAUUUUAACAGAAAACUUGAGAGGUGAAGACAGUGAAUCAACCAUCUCCACUACAGAUAAUCUUUUGUAUUAUGCAGCAGAGUUUGAAGAGGAAGGAGGUGAAAUGCCUUAUGUGAUGGAAGAUUCACUAGAUGAAGAGUACCUGGACGUUUUGUUUAUGAGAAAGCGAAGAGACAGCUUCACUACAAAAUCUGUAUAA